AUGGACAUCCGGGCGAGCCGCGCCAGCAAGCUGCCGCCGGGCGCGCCUUCAUGUUGUACGCCACAUCACGAUGGAUUGCGAUUUGCGACACGACUGCGCGCCGCGGUCAGAUCUCACCCACAGUACAAACCAGGUGCCACACAUACGUACUGCGACAACCGUUCUACCUCACAUGUGGUGUGGCUCGGCCAAGCGGUUUUGUUGUGUAACACAUCAGUAAUACGGGUCAUUGUUUUGGGGAGGUGA